AUGUCGCCCCGCAGGGCAUGUUUUCCGACCUGUAAGCCGCCAGAGAAACGCGACUUCAUGGACACGAAUCCGGAACGAAACGCCACCGACUUCUAUCGUUCCUACGACCCGGUGGUGGGGAUCGGAACGGUGGGCAUAUUGUUGAUUAUCAUCCUGAUGGUGUCGCUGAAGUCGAUGAUAAGGUGGACGAUUCAGAAGUACAAGUUGUGGACGUACGAUCGGAAGUUGAGUCAGGUACAGCGACAGAAUCGACAGAAAGACCUGUUGUCGACUUAUCGAAGCGAAAAUGGCAGUACUAAUGGAUUGGUAUGA